UUGUUGGAGAGGGGGACGUUGGGACGCGCUGACGUCUUUGCCGGACGUUGGCGGGGUGACGCAGCGCGGCGGGGCCGCCCGGUCUGUGAGGAGAAGGAAGCGGUGGAGGAACAGGGGUAGGAGAGGCGCCGACACGCAGCCAGAGAGCGGGGCGUAGAGCACCGCCAGAGAGACCGCACGGACACCGGGGGUCCAGGGGAGCGGAGCCAGACAGCGUGAGUCACCCACCGUCUACGGGCCGCGCUGUGAAAUAAUCUGCUCUUUUGGCAACAAUGCCAUUUCCAUUUGGCAAAUCCCAUAAGUCUCCAGCGGACAUAGUGAAAAAUCUAAAGGAGAGCAUGGCGGUAUUAGAAAAACAAGACAUCUCUGAUAAAAAGGCAGAAAAGGCCACAGAAGAAGUGUCAAAGAAUCUAGUAGCAAUGAAGGAAAUCUUGUAUGGUACAAAUGAGAAGGAACCCCAGACUGAAACAGUGGCACAGCUUGCUCAGGAGCUGUACAACAGUGGCCUCCUCAGCACUUUGAUAGCAGAUUUACAACUCAUUGACUUUGAGGGCAAGAAAGACGUGGCUCAGAUUUUCAACAACAUUUUGAGAAGGCAGAUUGGCACACGGACUCCAACUGUGGAAUAUAUCUGUACUCAGCAAAAUAUAUUGUUCAUGUUACUGAAAGGGUACGAAUCACCAGAAAUUGCUCUUAAUUGCGGCAUUAUGCUGCGCGAAUGUAUCCGGCAUGAACCAUUGGCAAAAGUUAUUCUGUGGGCUGAGCAAUUUUAUGAUUUCUUCAGAUAUGUGGAAAUGUCAACUUUUGAUAUUGCUUCAGAUGCAUUUGCCACAUUCAAGGAUUUGCUUACACGACAUAAACUUCUGAGCGCAGAAUUUUUGGAACGGUAUUACGAUCGAGUAAGUACACGUAUGUUGCUUUAGGGAAUGGGAGGACCAUUUGGAUUGUGAUCACAACCUUUUCAAUACGGCAUUUAAAAGACUUAAACAUAUCAUAUUUAACAUGGCACUUAAAAAGUAGAAUCUUGGUGUGCUUUUAAAAUAGUCAUCCACUUUACUUGGGUGAAGUGGUGAGAAGGGAAUUUGAGGGAUCUUCCAAGAGCAAUACGAUUUGCAUGGAUAAUGAGCAUUUUGAAAUAUCUCCCAUU